CUCGUCACAUCUGCAUGCAAUUGUGCCCCCGCCAAACUCUUUCACUCCACAUGGCCGAGACGCUGCAUACUCUGCUAUAAAUUAGUCGCACCCCUCAUGUCGCUGCCAGCGCCCGCCACCCACCCCAACAUGCCGCCGAGCAAAGAGACUGCGAAGCAUGAGUGCGUGUCCGACGACGCGCUGCAGCACCUCAAGAGCUACAAGUACUCGAGCGUCGACAAGUCCUUCAUCUCGCGCUACAUCCUCAAGCACUACUGGAAUGGCUUCGUAGAGCUGCUGCCCAUGUGGCUCGCGCCAAAUCUCGUCACGCUGCUCGGCUUCUUCUUCAUCCUCGGGAACAUCGUGUUGCUCGAGGUGUACAUCCCGGAUCUCGUCGGCCCGGCACCGUCGUGGGUUUAUUACAGCUUUGCAUUUGGCAUGUGGAUGUACUCCACCAUGGACAACGUAGACGGGAAGCAGGCGCGUCGCACAGGCACAUCGAGCCCGCUGGGAGAGCUGUUUGACCACGGCAUUGAUUCCCUCAACUGCACACUGGCAAGUCUGCUCGAGACAGCAGCUGUCGGAUAUGGAAGCGGCAAGAUUGGUGCCUUCACUGCCCUCAUCCCCGUGCUGCCCAUGUUCUUCUCGACCUGGGAGACAUACCACACCCACACACUCUAUCUCGGCUACUUCAAUGGCCCUACAGAGGGCCUCAUUCUUGCGUGCACAUUCAUUUGCAUGUCUGGGUAUUUUGGCCCCCAGAUCUGGUCGACGCCCCUCGUCACGUAUUUUCCGAGCUUCGCUGAGUGGCUUGGUGACAUGAGCUUCCGGGACGUCUGGAUCCCCAUGAUCCUGUCCACAUUCUUCAUCGCCCACCUUCCCGCCUGCAUCGUCAACGUUGCCCGCGCGCGACGCGCCCAGAACCUCCCAGUCCUGCCCAUCCUCUGGGAAUGGACCCCGCUGGUCAUCUUCUGCGCCGCCACCAUGGCCUGGCUCGGUUCGCCGUACUCUUUCAUCCUCCAGGACAACCACCUCGUGCUCUACUGCCUCACCAUGUCCCUCGUCUUCGGCCGCAUGACCACCAAGAUCAUCCUCGCCCAUCUCACCCGCCAGCCCUUUCCGUACUGGACCAUCAUGCUCGCGCCCAUGAUUGGCGGCGCGCUACUCGUCAAUCACCCCUACUUCACCAUCACGGGUACAACGUUCGGGCCCGUCUCGGCGAGCACGGAGCUGUGGUAUUUGCGGGGCUACUUUGUGUUCGCGGCCGUUGUGUACGGGCGGUGGGCGCACCUCGUCAUCUCGAGCAUCUGCAACUUCCUCGGCAUCAACUGCCUCACCAUUCCCAACCGCAAGCCGAACGAGAAGGCGAGCUCGAACGGCACUGCGAAUGGAUUCCGCUCUGACAAAGGGCGCCUGGACUAGGCACGAAGCCUUCACAAGACAAGACCAUGACUGCACACGCGCCAUUUUUAGAUUAGGUACACUCCAUUCUUGCUUCUUGGAUAUACUUGCGUGGCUCGAGACCGCGCAUUAUAGACGAUAGACGAUCCAUCAUUAGCCUCAUAGCAUCGAACAAUACGUAAUGUUUACACCCCUGACUACCUACUCUUUUGCACUCUCUUCCAGUGUCGAUUGUUGUUG